AUGGUACUACCCCAAACAAGAGUUCUGUCACCUUCAAAAUGGUCCCUUUCAAUGAUGUUGCAAGGCAUUCCCUCUCCUUUGUAUGUGUGUUAUAUAAUUAAAAAUCUCAUAUUUCAGGUUCGUGGUAUAAAUUCUACCAUUUUCCAAAGUCCUGCAAGGUUGCAUUUGACUGUAACGACACUUGUAUUACUUGAUGAGAAAGAAACUGAAAAUGCUGCUGGGAUAUUACAGAAAUGCAGAAACGAUAUUUUAAAUAUUCUUGGUGGUAAAAAAUUAGUUAUUAAGGUGAAAGGUGUUGAAUAUAUGAAUGAUGAUCCUGCAGAAGUCGAUGUACUUUAUGCUAAAGUACAAGAAACUGAUGGUGAUAACUGUUUGCAAUUAAUAGCAAACUUAUUAGCUGAAAAAUUUGUUGCUGAAGGAUUUGCUAAACAACAGCAUGAAUCUGUGAAACUUCAUGUAACAUUAAUGAAUAGCCUGUUUGGGAAUAAAAAUGAUGAAACUGGACAGUCCAGACACACAUUUGAUGCUCGUCCAAUUUUAGAGAAAUGUGGUGAUUUUGAUUUUGGAGAAAUGGAAUUGAAUGAAAUUCACAUCUCAAUCCGCUACACUGGUGGAGAACAGUAUUAUCGUCCUAGCUCAUUAAUAAAACUUAAUUAAUAUAAAUACUAGCUGCUAUUCACACAGUAAAUUAAGAUAACAUGAAAACCAUCUCUGCAUCAGAAAACGUUGAAUAGAUAUAAAGAAUAUUCUUUAUUGAGUGAAAUGUAUCAUAUUAAGAAAAAUACUCAAAAUGACAAAAGAAAUGAAGUAUAACAAAAACUGAAAUAUAUUGAUGAUGAUAUUUAUGUGGGGGGGGAGGUGAUACUUGGAUAUAAUAUACAAAGUGGUCAUAAAAUCUGUAUAAAAUUCAAAUUAUAGGAAAAUCAAUCAUUGGAUACAGCAGGGAACAAUUUACAUAAAAAUAUAUCUGGAAAGUGAACCCUGCCUUUCCUCUAUGGAGAAGCAAAUAUUUAAUUUUAACUUUCAUCUGUAGAAGCUGCUACUAUACUGACAGUAAUAAUCUCAUCAAAAAACAUUACAAACAGUACUGAACUUUUUUUUUUUUUUUUUGGAUAGAUUAUCUGAGAAUGAUAGAUUAUCUCUGUGAUAUCUAAAUUGUUUCUUGUUCUAUACAUUUAAAGUCAAAUAAAUAUUUUUAACACUAAUAUGACUAAUCAGUAUCAUUAAUAUGAUGCACUGGCCUCUGUCAGUGAAACAUUGAACUAAUGUUUACCUCUGACAAAAUUUAAUCUCCUUCCUUGCGAUGGACUUUUACAUAAAUUACACACCAUUAUACCUUUUUGUGUAAUUUUCAUUUCUACUUGUGUUUAUGAAUUUUAGGUUACCAUGUAUAUAUUCAUUUUAAAUUAUUGCAUGAAUUAAUAAGCAAAAUAUGUAUCAUGCUGUUUUAACAGUUUAUCGAAUAUUUGCUAUACAGAUUUUCAGUAUUAUUCUCGUAUUAACUGGUUCAUCUCUAAACUAUAGAGUGAUCCUUUAUCUGGAAUGUCAACUAACCUUGCAUUUAUAGUUUAGUUUUAAAUGCACUUGGUCAGUAUGCUGUGGCAUGUUAUUGGAGACAGUUUUCGUCAUAUCCCACAAAUUUUGAAGAAAAGACAAUGCUUCAUCAGUAAGAGCUGAUUGAAAAAACUUAAAAGGAAGUUUCAUGCUAUAUAUUAUUUUGGCAUAUGCACUCUGAAGAUAUUCUUUGGAGAAGGAACCCAGAUCGAACUAGGCAGAGACUCGAGCCUCCAGUGAGUGUUGUAAUGGCAUCUGAUGACUUGGUAAAGUAUCCACCUAAAUCAUUUCAUGAGGCCGUCUGAAAAAAAUGCUGAGAUGGAGCAUGAACUCAGUGUAGCCUUAAUUAGGAUGCUAAUGAGCAAACGAGAUGUGACUAGAAUUGUCAGUUUUGAUUGUUGGUUAUUACGACUGGUGGCACUCCAAAUCAUGAAAUUUAACCAGAGAUUUAUGAUGUCUUGUAUAAAAAAUGCUUUUUAUAGCUUAUGACGCAACUUAAUAAAUGUCGAAAACCUUCAGAUGCAAGUAAUGGAUCAACAAUGCCCAGAGGUACGUGGUCAAAUCUUGCAGCUGGCAUGUCAGGUUUUUGUAAUGGGCUUUAGAUAUGCUGGGUAAUGUGUGAUUGUUGGCAUGAGACAUGAAUAUGUCCAGUUAGCUAUGAGCAUUGAGGGAUAAAGAAACUGGAUGAACUGGAAAAAGGAUUUCUGGGUGUGAACAGUUUCUGAAAGCAUCUAAAUAUUUUCUUCAAUAUAUGAGAGGCCAAAAAAUUGGGGAAUUCAUUUGCUCCCUGAGCAAUAUUCUGUAUGAUAAUGUGGUUAAAAAAGUGAUGGGUUGGCCAUUCCUUAUAUAUUAUGCAUUAAGUUACGAGUGUCGAUCAUUUGGAGCAAAAACCUUAAUUUCAGUCUUUUGCCAAAAUAUUCAAAAACAAAUUAGGUAUGUAAUUAAAUGAAACUGCAUGAUUUUUCUGUUACAUAGUGUAAAAUGUAUUGUAGCAAAAAUUAUAUCAAGCAAAUCGCAGUGCUUAGAUUUAUUUUUCAAUCAAAGAAUAUUUUUCUUAACAUCUUUAAGUAAAUUCAUAUAUAUGUGUAUCUACACCAUAAGGAAGUGUAUCAGCAUGAAAAGAGGCAAGAACAUUUUUGAAUUAAAUAAAAUACGUAUUGCCAUUUUAUAAAUUUUGGGAUCAAAUCCUUAUCUGACUGGAAAAAUAAUUGAACAGAAAUUACUUAAAAAAAUUAUAAUUCUACAUAUAUAGAUAUAAAAUAUUAAAAAUACAAUGGCUUUGCUCUAUGCAGACAGGCAACCUCUAAUUAACUUUCUGCAAUUUCAGGAUCUUCCCCCUAGACCAGUACUUUUGAGAACAUUCUGGCAUGUUACGUAAUUGCUGCUGUAAAUGAAGAGUUCGCACCAUUUUCUGUCAGAUUGCUUUUCUCUGCCUGCCGCUGUAAAACCCUUUCGUUGCCGCUCUUCCCGUCUGUCUUCUUUAUUUGAAUAGUAUGAUGCUGUAAACUUAAAAGUUAAUUGCAUUUUAGUCUAAAUAACUAUCGUAUAUGUAAUCUUGAGGAAUUUAAAAGAAUAAUAAUUUACCAUUUGAAUUGAACAAACAUGUGAAACCAAAACAGCUAACCUCUUCUGUGUUGUCAUUUCAUGCCAAAUGCCCGACUGCCAAAAUAUGACAUAUAUACAUAUGUAUUCCUUUUGAAAUUAAAAUAGUUUCAGUAUGUAAGGUAUGUAAUCCUAAGUAAAUAAGUGUAAUCAAAUCAAAAAUGAUUUUAUUUUAAAAUGAUAAAACUAAACCAGCACCUCUGUACUGUUACAGAAAUUUCAUUUGAGAUUGAUGCUAUUAAAAACCAUUUGUGUGAAGCAAGAUGAAGUUGAAUUUUGCCCAAGAUAAGCUAUUUUUUAUGACUGAGCAUUACUUUGCAAUGUGAGCAAAUAUGAAUGUGAUGCCAUCAUUCCUAACUCUUUGUUGGUGAUUUCAACAAUGUAUUACCAGUAUUGGUCGAUUUUGUAUGAACUCACAACUCAGUGGUUACUGAAUUAAGCAUAUGAGUACAGCCAAAUUAACAAAUAAUUAUAUUUAUUGUCAUUUGCAAUGUUAGCACACUUUAAAUUGGCGACAUGCCGGCCAUGUAAAGGGAAAGUUAUGUCUUUUGCAGUACCAACAGAUCAUAUGUAAAAUAAAUGGUUGGCAUGUAAUGAAGAAACCAA